AUGCCGAAAAAGAACGGAUUCUUUUACUUUAUGCUGGAGUACCAACAGCGUAAACAAGCGGAAGGACACCCAGCUCGUAAGAUGGCCCUAAUUACAACAGAAGCGGGUAAAAUUUGGGAAAAAAUGAACGCCGAACAACGUGGACCAUACAACCAGCAGGCAAAGAAUGCCCAAAACCAAGGAGGGCUGGAGAAGUUAAACUGUUUAGGGAUUGCUAUUUCCGAGAUUGACAACCAGCUGCGUUCAAAGGAAGAGCAUGCCCAAAUGAUAACAAAGCUCGUCGCCGAUCGGGUAGCGAGUGCCGAGUCUCGGAAAGAAUUGGCAACGGAAGUGGUGUACAUUAUUUCACUUUCGUAUUUUGGCCAUACGAUGCAACAUAAGUACAUUCCGGCCGAGCUAGGUGUGGUUAAGUACAAUCUGCAGAGUGGCGUAAUGGAUCGGCUGCAUCUGUAUUUCAAUCCUGGUGAAAUACCGCUCGGAGCUGCACAUUCGAUGCAAACCCACACGAAACAAACACAUCAACUUCCUCUGCCUCCGAAUGCCUGGGGAACAACGGACAAGAAUGAAAUCGCUGUGAAAUUGAUUAGUUUUUUGGGAGCGGACGAUGAAAUACCUCCGCUUUUUACGGAUGAAGAAACGUUACCUAUAGUGGAAGGCAUGCUUCGUGAUUUGCUGGAUGAUUGCAUCGAGAACAAGAUGCUGUACGUGUGCUCUAUGGCAGAAUUGUUCUGCUUCUUGAAACAAGCUACGGAACGGCACUUUGAGGGAACGGCAACCUUUCCAUCCACCCUAAUGGCGCAACAUAUACUUAAAAUGGAUAGCUAUGGCUUCGCAUUAGGUAUCAGCUGCGAAUAUCACGAAAGAGAGCUCAAUAUGUUGAAUUGUGCCUUGUCCCAGGCUACGCGUUGGGCGUACACACUUUCUAAGUAUUGCUGCCUACAAAUGGGCAUUGAAUGUGUCCCCGGAAAGCAUAUCCCUCCGGAUCCUUCUGCAGGUGACGAUAAGCUAUCAAAACCACCGACUACAAGUGAAUCAAAUCCGCUGGAAAAGCCUGCAACUUCACAUGAUGCAUCUGCCGGAGACAAAGUAACCUCUCCGAAACAGGGUCCAAACUGGUUCAACAAAAUAAAAAUGAAAUCUAGAUCUAAAGAUGAGCCGUCAUAUAAACCGGUCGUAGGUAGUGUAUCAUACGCGCCGCAAAAAGGUGGUGUUGUUGCCUAUACCGGCGUCAACCUAGCAACAGACGCCUUUUACGAACAGGAGCAGAACAGCGAAAAUAUGUUCCCCUCAUUGCUCCAGUCCAUGGCGCCUACUGUAAAAGAGCGUGGACACGCAAAACAGCGCGGUGGCAACUCCCGACGAGCUGUUCGUGGACGAACAUUACAACAGUGA